AUGGCUGGCAAUGAAUCUGUUAUUAUCACUGUUGUUUAUGGGGCAUCUGAGGUGAUUGAUCGUCGGAAUUUAUGGACGGCACUGGAGACGCUAUCUCAGCAAUGCUCUGACAUCCCGUGGAUGGUGGGAGGGGAUUUUAAUGCAGUACGUGACCUUAACGAAGUAUGUGGCAUCUCAGGAGAUAUAAGGAUGGCCACCGAAGAAUUUAAUGCUGGUAUUCUGGAGGCGGGGCUGAUCCCACUUCCUAUGCAAGGUGAAUGGUUCACGUGGCAUAAUUGCAGUACGUCUAUGAGGAGUUUAUGGAAGCGGCUGGGUCGGAUUCUUAUUAAUGACCGCUGGCUGGCAAGGUUCCCGAGCGCCUAUUAUCACAGCCUUACUCCACGGACAUCUGACCACUCUCCACUGGUCUUACAUGGGGAUAUACAACAACAUAAUGGAGGCAUGUUUCGAUUUGAUAACUAUCUGGCCCAUUCACCCGAGUUUAUCCACAAUGUGCAGAAUAUUUGGCAUCAUGAGAUUGUGGGUAUUCCUAUGUAUGCUGUGACACGUAAACUGAAGGCACUUAAACCAGUCUUUAGACUACAAAGGAGAAAUAAGGGAGAUCUGACGAUGAAUGUCCAACUAGCCAAAGGUUUUCUUGAUGAGGCACAACAGUUGAGACGAGUAAGGAGGAGAAUCUUACAGAUUAAUGAUGAGAAUGGUUUCACACACACGGAUCUAGGGGAAAUCGCCCAUGAGUUUGUCUCAUACUAUCAGAACCUAUUAGGAGGCACCAGAAGACGGCUGUCAGUGGAUAUUCGUUAUCUUAGACCGUGGGCAAGGCACUGUAUCACUGAUGAGGAAGCUAAUCAAUUACUCCUUCCAAUCUCGGCGGAUGAUGUGAAGCAAGCAAUGUUCGAUAUUGCUGAUGACAAGGCACCGGGACCUGAUGGCUACUCGUCAAGGUUUUUCAAGGCGGCUUGGCCUGUGGUUGGGGAAGAAGUUACGAGGGCGGUACUAGACUUCUUUUCUACCGGAAAACUUCUGAAGCAGGUCAACUCCACGAUCUUGGCCCUGAUCCCAAAGAUGGGAUUUGCAGACGACCUCCUCUUACUGUGCAAAGCUGACUUAGACUCCAUCAGAGUCUUCAAAGAGGGAUUGGACUGGUUUGCGGAGGUGUCGGGGCUUCGGCUGAAUGUCCAAAAAAGUCACUUAAUCAUUUCACGUUCGGCUCAAAAUUUGAAGGACCAGAUGCUGGAUAUUUUGGGCUUUCAGGAGGGCCACCUUCCAAUGAGAUGGAUUGAGGAGUGCAUUACGACGGCCUCAUUUUCGAUUGGCCUCAAUGGAAAACCUCACAGGACAUGCAAUUCAACUACCAUUGGAAGUGUGAGCCAGCUAAGGUAUUCCAAUUGGGUUUUGCAGAUGAUCUCCUACUUUUCUGCAGAGCUGAUAUGGACUCUGUCAGAGUGUGCAGAGCUGAUAUGGACUCUGUCAGAGUGUUCAAGAUGGGACUGGACAGGUUUGCAGAGUGGUCAGAUCAUCAAAUCUGUACUUUCAACACUGAGCUUGUAUUGGGCAUCUGCAUUUAUCUUACCAAAGGCUGUCAAUAAGGAAGUGGAGAAACUCCUUCGAACAUUCCUAUGGAAAGGAACCUCAAUGACGGGAUAUGCCAAAGUAGCGUGGAAAGAUAUUUGCAAACCGGUAGAAGAAGGGGGUUUAGGAAUUAAAGAUAUUGGUGUUCUUAAUCGUGCCUUAAUGACAAAGAAAUUGUGCGAUGUCAUUAGAUGUGACCGAACAUCUAUCUGGGUUGAGUGGUUGCAGCACGGACGAUUACGGCAUAACUCCAUAUGGACAAUUGGCGAACAGGGAAGAUCGUGA